CGCAAACUCAGAGUGGACUUCCGGUCUGAAGGAGGUGUGACGGGAUGAUAUCGGCUGCCAUCGCUCAGCCGAACAAUUUGGAGAAACAAUUUCAAGUGUGUGUUGGAGGUCUACAAAAACAGCCACCGUGCCCCGCCGCGCCCCCACACCCAGCGGAGCCGUCAUGUGGCAGGAGGCCCGCAAACAUGAGCGCAAGCUGCGCGGCAUGAUGGUGGACUACAAACGCCGCGGCGAGCGCCGGCGAGAGUACUACGAGAAGAUCAAAAAGGACCCGGCUCAGUUCCUUCAGGUUCACGGCCGGGCCUAUAAGAUCCAUCUGGACUCGGCCGUGGCGCUCGCCGCAGAAAGCCCCAUCAACAUGAUGCCCUGGCAGGGAGACGCCAACAACAUGAUUGACAGGUUUGACGUGAGGGCACACCUGGACUUCAUACUCACCUACACCCCUCCGCUCCUCAGCACAGCCACCCCAGAACAGGAGUCGGAGGAGAGGAAGUGCAACUAUGAGCGUUACAGGGGCCUAGUGCAGAACGACUUUGCCAGCAUCUCUGAGGAGCAGUGUUUGUACCAGAUCCAAAUGGACGAGCUCUAUGGUGGCCUGCAGAGGCCAAAUGAGGAUGAGAAGAAAAAGCUUGCUAAAGAGAAGGCUACCAUUGGCUACACGUACGAGGACAGCACUGUUACGGAGCCUGGGGAGGAGGAAGAGAAAGGGGAGGAGGAUGACUCUGAGAACAGCGAAUCGGAGGAGGACGAGGGCAUCCCAGACAUUGACGUGGAGGUGGACGUUGACGAGCUCAACACGGAGCAGGAGUUGGAUCUGAACAAGAUGGCCAACCCAUAUGGAAUGGCAGAGGGAGAUUUUGUCAGGAUGCUGAGGAAAGACAAGGAUGAGGUGGAGGCCAUUAAACACGCCAAGGCUCUGGAGGCAGAGAAGGCCAUGUACUCGGGCCGUCGCUCUCGCAGACAGAGGAGGGAGUUCAGAGAGAAGAGACUGAAGGGCAGACAGAUCAGCCCACCCAGCUAUGCCAGGAGAGACAGCCCAACCUACGAUCCCUACAAACGGCCCCAGUCGGAGUCCAGUUCGGAGUCACGGUCCCGCUCCCGUUCCCCAGGCCCAGAGAAGAUCACAUUCAUCACCAGCUUUGGAGGCAGUGACGAGGAGGCUGCCGCGGCAACCCAAGCUCCACCCCCUGUCCACUCCGGCCACACUCCCGCCAACUUGCUGCAACACCCCGCAGGUCAUAGCAGGGGCUCCCGCAGACGCCGCUCUUCCUCCAGCCCUUCCUCCUCUUCCUCCCACUCUUCCACUCAUCGCUCCUCCUCUCGUUCCUCCUCUCACUCACGCCGCGACAGACGCCACGGAGGAGGGAGGGAUGGACGACAUUCCCGGUCGAGGCGGCGCUCCGACUCACGGUCCCGGGGCAGAGGAGCCAACGGAGGAGGGGGGUCACGGAGGAGAUACGACCGGACACAGUCACGCUCAAAUGACCGGGACAGGGAGCGAGAACGGGACAGAGACAGGGACGUGGGUCGUCGCUUCGCAGCACGCAGACGCACACGGUCCAGCUCUAACUCUCGGCAGGGGGACCGUGCCAGGCCCGGGGGGGGUAGGCGGACUUCAGGAGGGCAUCGGAGGGGGGUCAGCAGCAGCCCUAGCCCCUCCCAGUCCCCCCAGCCCAGCUGCUCCCCCUCCCCCUCACACAGAGGAGGCCCGCCCUCUGCCACUGCUCUCUGUGACAAGCUGAGAAAGCCUGAUACUCCGGGUGGUAAAGAGACAGGAGCUGCCAAACCCAAGAUGACCCCGCAGGAGAAGCUGAAGAUACGCAUGCAGAAGGCCCUCAACAGGCAGUCCAAGGCGGAUAAGAAAGCAGCCCAGGCGAAAGUCACUCAGCAGGAAAAUAAGCGAGCGGAGCGCGAGGGAGAGCUCAGAGCCAUGGCACGCAAGAUCCGCAUGAAGGAGCGUGAGCGUCGGGAGAAAGAGCGGGACGAGUGGGAGAGACAGUACGGACGACAAAGCCACUCGCCCUCCCCAUCUAAAUAUGGUCGCGACCACAGCUCAUCCAGAAGGAGGUCCCGUUCCCGGUCGAGGAGUCCAUAUUACCGAUACUAAACAUACCGUUGGGACUCACCAACCCCCACACCCCUCCUCACCCUCUCCUCUGCCUACUCUUCCAGUGAAGAGAUGAGAGGAGUGGGGGACAAUGUCCUGAAUGGAAGAGUGGUAGACAGAGAUGAGAGAGGUGGAGAUGGAGGAACUGAAUUGGAGGCCGGAGGUUGCUAUGAGUGACGGAUUUUGUACGUUAUUGCUGACAGCUUGUCACAUCUGGACACAUUUCAGUAUCUCAGUAAUUCUACAUACAUAUUCUCUCCUUUAUGAUGGCCUUAAGUUGCUUUUUCUCUUCUAUCUCUGAGCGCUCUUUCCCCCGUCCCUUCCAUCUCUCUCUGAGAAGGGGGUGUUGGCAUCACUGUCUUAUCACAGGAAUGUAAAAGAAUCGGAUUGAAAUUUGACCUUCAUCUGUGUACAUAAUUUUCUUUGAUUUCAAAUGAGUGAACAUUAAUGAAAUCCCGAGGGGAUGUAAUAGCCCCCGUGUGUGAGUAUGAAAAAUAAUUUGUAUGCCAUGCCCCCCCCCAACUGCUCACCCUGUGAAUUGAGACAUGAUUGUACUCUUCCGAGGUAACAGAUGAAGUCUUUUUUUGUUUGUUUUAGUCAAACUAUGAUAAGAUGUCAAACUGGGAAGUCCAAAUAAAACGCACAGAAGUAUCUGAUGUACUAGUAGGUC